AUGUCUGCUCUGUCGUCGUUCUCGGGCGCUGCCCUGACCUCGCGCACCUCGGCGUGCAAGCCGGCCCAGGGGCGCGGCCAGCUGCAGGUGUGCGCUGCGGGCAUGAAGGAGCUGCGUGACCGCAUCGGGUCCGUCCAGAACACCAAGAAGAUCACGGACGCCAUGAAGCUGGUUGCUGCCGCCAAGGUCCGUCGCGCCCAGGACGCCGUCGUCAACGGCCGUCCGUUCGCGGAGAACCUGGUCAAGGUGCUGUUCGGCGUGAACCAGCGCCUGCGCACGGAGGACGUGGACUCGCCGCUGUGCACGAUCCGCCCGGUCAAGGCGGUGUCGGUGGUGGUGGUGUCGGGCGACCGCGGCCUGUGCGGCGGGUACAACAACUUCGUCAUCAAGCAGGCGGUGACGCGCAUCGAGGAGCUCAAGGCGAUGGGCGUCGAGCCGCGCGUGAUCACCGUCGGCAAGAAGGCCGGGGCCUUUUUCAAGCGCCGCAAGGACCAGUACACGCUGGUCAAGGCGUUCGACCUGGGCCAGGCGCCCACGACGAAGGAGGCGCAGGCGAUCGCCGACGAGCUCUUCUCGGAGUUCGUGUCGGGCGAGGUGGACAAGGUCGAGGUGGUCUUCACCAAGUUCGUGUCGCUCAUCUCGGCCAACCCGACGAUCCAGACGCUGCUGCCCAUGGCGCCCUCGGGCGAGAUGUGCGACAUCGACGGCAACUGCGUGGACUUCGCCGAGGACGAGAUCUUCAAGCUGACCUCGAAGGACGGCAAGAUGUCGGUCGAGCGCGAGAAGAUCAACUCGGACGUGGGCGCCUUCGACGAGGACGUCAUCUUCGAGCAGGAGCCCAACCAGAUCCUCGACGCCCUCCUCCCGCUCUACAUGAACGGCACCAUCCUGCGCUCCCUCCAGGAGUCGCUCGCCUCGGAGCUCGCCGCGCGCAUGAACGCCAUGAACAACGCCUCGGACAACGCCGCCGCGCUCAAGAAGAGCCUCAACCUGUCGUACAACCGGAAGCGCCAGGCCGCCAUCACCAACCAGAUCCUCGAGAUCGUCGCCGGCGCCUCGGCCGUGUAA